AUGGCAGUUGAUUCUUAUGUGCAAACACUUGGUGAGAUAGUUGAGCUUUUUAAAGAGUACAAGCCGGGCUCUAUUACGCUUGAUAAUAUAACAAAAUUAUGUCAAACUCUAGGAUUAGAAUCUUUUACUGAAGAGAUUGAUUCGGAAGUGUCAAGACUAUCCACUGCAUCUAAGAUUAUUGUGAUAGAUAUUGAUUUUAAUAACAAUGAAGAAAGAGUUAAGGACGUAAAAUUGGUUUUGGCUUCAAGUUUUGAUGACUUCGAUUAUUUUAAUGCAAGAAACAAUGAAGCUAGUAAAAAUAUUUUGUACAAUUCAUUGACCCAGUAUCCUGAUUUAAAAGAAUUCCAUCAUAAUCUACAAUUUUUAUGUCUAUUAGAUGCCUUCUCAAGAACAGAAAUAGAUGCAACUCAUAGUAAUAGUAAUAACACUUCGGGGCAUUUGGAGACAUCCACUUCCAGUAGUAAUAACACCAAUACGAACACUGCAUCUGGUACUAUCGAUCUCUUUAGAUAUUUUACAGAAUUAAGUGGUUGUAUCAAGCAAUAUUUUGAGGAUUCAUCCCUGAAUUUAAAUAUAGCAACAAAUCUGAACAAUAGAUUUGGAAUCUAUAUCCUGGAUUCUGACAAUGAAACAAUAUUGGCAAAAAUCGGUUUUGAAAAAGCUCUAGAUCCAAAGCAACGAUUAUACGAAUAUGUUUACUCGAAAGAAACCAAAUGCUGGAUAAAUGGAUCUCCCAAAAAUUAUACAACUGGGGUCAAGUUGGUUAUGGAAUUGAAUGAACAUAAUAAAUCUAAAGUGGGAGAUUCUGUAGACUCAUUUUUCCCUAAGGAUUACAUUCCUUCUGAAGUCAUUUUGGCAUUUGAGAAAGUGCCUGAGGAAAGCGAUUUCGAUCAGGCUUCUAUUUCUACCCUGCUCAGUAAACAUGAGUUAAAUUAUAGGAUUAAAACCAUCAAUGAUUUUACCGCAACUCUAAUAAAAAUAAAAAAGUUCGACAUUAGCAAUAGUAACAUUGAAUUACUUCAUGAGAUACUUCGUUGGAUAAUUUGGGUAAAAUACGUUUUCAAACCAUUAAUAAAGAUAAUAAAUAGUUUUAAUGAAUUUCCAAAUGAAGCAAUUCCAAAUAUCAAUAGUUCUUUCGGCAGAAGAAGACGAUCAUCGACAUUAAAUAAAAGGCCCAGUAUCACGGAAGCUACCAUGCUGAAAGAGCAAGGCCUUCAGCAAUAUAACUUACAUGAGAUUAUUGCAGAGCCUGCCAUUCAAGAGGAAUCAGCACCCGACUCAUCUUUCAUUAGUAAUAGUGAUGACAUUCUGAUGAGCGAUGCAGCAGAAUUAGAUUUUGGCCCAAUUAUAGAAAACAGAACGACGGCGAAAGAAGAAAAUGAGGAUUUGUUGCAACUUGUUUUAAGUGAGGAUCACAUUUUGUUGGAUAAUAAGCUAAGUUGUUCACUUUAUGACGAUUUUGAGAAGUGGAAUAGCUUCAUAGAGGAUUUCCAAAAAUAUGUAAAAAAAUAG